AUGGAUGCAGCAAUAAGAUCAGGGACUGCUAUGACUUGGAAUCCAAUCCCGACUCAAGCAGCGAGCUGUGACUUUGGAUCUCUACCAUCAGCUCAGAAUUUUGUCAUGGGCUCAACGGUUAAAUGCACUGGCCGUAUCACUUCUAGUGCAUCCGGAGCCGGAGGCAAAAGUCGUAAGCCAAGAAACCGUCCCACCAAAAGUCAAAGAAAACCACGAGGUCGGAGUUGA